CGCGCCAAGCGCGCGGUGUGAGAGCCUUUCCCGAAGUCCUUUGCGCGGCAUCUGGCCACAAAAUGGCUGCCCGAGGGAGACGGGCGGAGCCUCCGGGUCGGGAGGCGCCCGGCCCGGCGGGCAGCGGCAGGAGCCGAUGGGCUGAGUCGGGGCCGGGAACAUCACCCGAGAGUGGGGAUGACGAGGUGUCAGGCUCAAGUCCGGUGUCCAGCGGUGUGAACUUGUUUGCCAACGAUGGCAGCUUCCUGGAGCUGUUCAAGCGGAAGAUGGAGGAGGAGCAGCGGCAGCGGCAGGAGGAGCCACCCCCGGGCCCGCAGCGACCUGAUCAACCGGCCUCCGCCGCAGCGGGCCCAGGGAAUCAGAAGAGGAAGGGCGGCCCAGGCCCCACGUUCAGCUUCGUGGGCAAGCGCAGAGGCGGGAACAAACUAGCCCUCAAGACGGGAAUAGUAGCCAAGAAGCAGAAGACGGAGGAUGAGGUAUUAACAAGUAAAGGUGACGCGUGGGCCAAGUACAUGGCAGAAGUGAAAAAGUACAAAGCCCACCAGUGCGGUGAUGAUGAUAAAACUCGGCCCCUGGUGAAAUGACCCCCCGGGUGCUCACUACCUGGGACUCCGCGAUGUACAUAAUAUUUAAUGCGGUAACGGCAGCGGCCUUCCUGGAGGACUGAUACACAGAAGGAAACCCAGGCGCUUCCCGUGGCCGCAGACCAUUCUCCAGGACUCUUUUUUACCUUGAGCACUUGCCUCCUGAGACUUACUAGACCAGUGGUUUACUGUGCCCUUUCUUCCCAUCACCUUGCUCUCUCUGGCUCUGUCUGUCUCUUCUUGCUGUCUCUCCUUUUAGCAGUCACUUCUGAGAAGUAAAGAACCCGACUUAGUGCUGGAA